AGACACCGUGAGCUGCCUCGACUUACAGCGAACCCGACGCGGAACCGCCAAAAUGGCUUCUCCUUCGCUAAAAGAGAAGCUCGAAAAGAUCAGGUCUCCGAAUCUGCAGAAUCAGAAGCAGACCGCCACCGUUCUCGAGGGUGUCGAGUCAGUGUUCAAGGAGCGCAACACCGUACCUACCCCGACAGCUUACUUUGCAGCGCUCCUCAGCCUGCUAGACAACAAGACCCUUACGCAUCCAGUCGUUUAUCUCCUCGAUGUCGUCACCCCUUUCGCGCCCGAGCCUCUCCUCCGCGCCAAGUUCACGCAGAUCCUCACCCUACUAGCACCAGUACUAUCUCAACCAGACGCCGACGCACCCUUGAUCAGAUCAUCGAUUGGUUGCUUGGAGGGGUUAUUGCUCGCUCAGGAUGCGGCGGCUUGGGAAAUGAGCGCCGCCGUGGUCGGUCCACGGCGGGCAGUGGGCGGCCUGUUGAGCUUUGCCCUUGAUCCCCGCCCGAAGGUGCGGAAGAGGGCACAAGAAGCGUUGAGGAAGGUCCUUAAGAACCCGCCACCGAGUCCGUCCCUUGACCAUCCCGCCGCCGCCAUGUGCGCUGAGACGGCUAUGAUGAGCCUGAAAGCGCUGGCGGAAAAGGCUGCCCAGUUGAGGAAGGAAAAGAAGGGGUCAGAAGGCAUUCAUGAUCCAGAGCUGAUUCAUGCGCUUCAACUGGUCAAGACCGUAGCGUCUGCAAGCGGUGGAUGGCCCAGCAAGAAGAUAGAGUCUCUGUGCGAGCUGCUUCUCGGCAUCGCCCGUUCUGGAAACGAGCAUAUGAGCAUGUCCGUGUUCGACAUCUUCGAAAUGAUCUUUGAGGGGAUGGCGGAUGAGGUUGCCUCGGCCAAGCUGCCGAGGUUACUCGAAAUCAUCAAGGAGCUGCGCCCGGCCCCGAACGACACCCAACUACUCCCACCAUGGAUCGCCAUUCUAUCAAGAGCGUACGACGUCUCGGCGCAGAUUUCGCCGGAGGAGACGUUCCAGGAACUGCUGGAGCCUUUCAACAUGGUGGCUACGUAUCUCGAGUCCGAAGCAAAAAACAUCCGGAUCUCCGCCUCGGAAUGCUUGGUCUCGUUUAUGGCGAACUGUGUCCCCAGGCAGGUACUCGUGGAGCCAUCAAUAUACGACGAAAAGGUUAUUCAGCAGCUUGUGAACACGGCCGAGGGUCUGCUCACUGUGAAAUACCAAGCAGCAUGGCUUGAAACCUUCAACGUUAUCGGCGCCAUGUUUGAUGCGCUACGCUGGCAAUCUGCACCUCACCUCCUUGGCAUCACGAAGAGCAUCGGCGAGAUGCGAGGCAACGAGUCCUUCACAGGGAAGCAGGAAGCUGACGAAGUACUCGGGAAGGCGAUCAGAGCAAUGGGUCCCGAGGCUGUGCUGAACGUCUUACCCCUGAAUCUGGCCAAGCCAGCCAAAGGCCAGCCAGGCAGGGCGUGGAUGCUCCCCCUUCUACGUGACUACACCUCGAACACCAACCUGGCACAUUUCAAAACCGAGUUUGUGCCCUUGAGCGCAACCAUGUUCCAGCGGGUGCUGGACCACGGCACCGCUGCCAAGACGAUGGAGGUCAAGAUCUUUGAGACGGUCGUGCAGCAAAUAUGGUCCAUCCUCCCGGGAUACUGCGAUUUGCCGUUGGAUCUUGUGGAGGCUUUCGACAAAGGUUUUGCCGAGAUGUUGACGGUCUUGCUCUACGAGCAAGUCGAGUUACGGCUCGAUGUCUGCCGUGCACUCAAGGCGCUUGUGGAGUCGAACCAGGCCGUAGCCUCGGCGUCUGACGAAGAGGACCCGGUUCUGCAGAGCAGAGUCACGAAGGAGACCGCGCAAAGGAACCUCGCGUAUCUGGGGACGACGUUUGCUGCCGAUUUCCUUGCCGUGCUCUUCAACGUCUACAGCACGACGUUGCCCCAGAAACGGGGCCCUGUUUUGCAGACAAUCAACUCGUACCUCAGCAUCAUUCCCCCAGCGCGGCUCAUGGAAACGUUCGACCUCGUGUGUGAGAAGCUCGCUGUAGCUCUCCAAGAACCCAUCGAGAAGCCGAAGAACCAGCAGAACGGUGAACAGGUGCCUUCCACCGCACACACGCUGAUGGACCUCGUGGUCACCAUGUCGGUUUACCUGGCAAGGGAGAGUUUCGAGGCCCUUUUCAAGAUCGCAUCACUCGUGGUGUUCAAGGACGACGACCCGCAGCUGCAGAAGAAGGCCUAUAAGUUGAUCCCGCGGCUAGCCGACUCGGAAACCGGCAAGGUCGCGCUUGAGCAAAGAAGCGCAGAGCUUCAAACGCUUAUUCUGUCUAGUGCCGAGAAGGUGUCCGCGCCCGCUAGGCGUGAGCGCCUCGCUGCAAUUGCGGCUCUGAUACCCUUCAUUCCCGAUACAUCCCUCCACUUCAUUCCCUCCAUACUCUCGGAGGUCGUCAUCGGCUGCAAAGAGAACAAUGAAAAGGCCCGGACGACAGCAUUCGACCUGCUGGUCCUGAUGGGUCACAAGAUGGUGGCUGCGUACGGAGCCUUGAUUGACAACAGCAAGGUGCCGCACAUGCCCAAAGAUGCGCCAAUGGCGAAAGCUUCCAUAGAGGAGUACUUGACCAUGGUCAGCGCCGGGCUCGCGGGCAGCACUCCCCACAUGAUCUCGGCGUCCGUCACCGCCAUCACCCGCGUGCUCUAUGAGUUCCGCGAGGCGCUUAGCAAAGAAACCCUGGCCGACCUGGUGCAAACCAUGGACCUGUUUCUGACCUCCAACAACCGCGAAAUCGUGAAGAGUGUGCUUGGCUUCAUCAAGGUAUGCGUCAUCAGUCUGCCCGCCGAUUUGAUGCAACCGCGCCUCGCCACCUUGAUCCCCAACGUCAUGGUCUGGAGCCACGAGCACAAGGGCCACUUCCGGUCCAAGGUCAAACACAUCCUCGAGCGCAUGGUGCGCCGCUUCGGCGUCGACAUUGUUAACAAGCACUGCCCCGAAGCCGACCGCAAGCUGAUCACCAACAUCCGGAAGACCAAAGAACGCAGCAAGCGGAAGAAGGAGGCAGCGAAGGACGCCGGGGAUGAGUCUGACCCCGAGCAAGCUGGCAAGCGCAAGGGCCGCUUCGAGAGCGAGUACGACCAAGCACUCUACAGCAGCGACGACGAGGAGUCAGGCCAGUCCCACUCGGACGACUCAGACGUCGAGAUGACCGGCCGCAGACAGAAGCGGAAGGGCGCGGCGCAGAAGGGCGGCAGCGCCUAUAUCCUCGAGGACGAGGACGAGCCGCUUGACCUGCUUGACCGGAAUGCGCUCGCCAACAUCUCCACCACCAAGCCGAGCAAGCUAAAGAAGACUGGCAAGAAGACGAAGGCCAAGACGGACGCGGACGGGAAGCUCAUCCUGGGCGGAGACGAUGACGAGGCGGCGAUGGAUAUUGAUACCCCGGCCGCCGGUGGUGGUGGGGAGGAGGAGAGCGGAGUGGGCGCCUAUGUCGCUGCGCUCAAGGGCAAGGACAUCCCACGGCGCGGCCUGCGCGGCAAGCUCAAGUGGAACCGGGGAAGGAAGAAUGCGGACGACGACGAUGAUGACGAGAGUGAUGGCGGGAUGGAGAUUGAUGAGGGUGCUGCUGCCAAGGCGUUCAGGGAUAAUAAAGCGGGCGGUAACAGGAGGAGGGGUGGAGGCGAUGCUAGGGGGAGAGGCGGUGGCGGUGGAUUUGGCAAGGGGAGAGGAGGCUCAGGUAGGGGCGGAAAGGGCGGGAUUUCCGCUGCUGUGGGUAGGAGGGGGCUGGGGCAGGAAAAGAGAAGGGGUCCGGCUAUUCAUGGAAGCCGGGUCAGCAAAGGCGGGAAAGGGAGGUCAUGAGCAUCGGGGGUUCUGUAGGGCUGCUUUAUGAUUUGCAAGGUUGAUUUGAUGCUAUGUCUAUGACUGUUCUCUGGAGUUGGGGUUCGGUAGGCAAAACAGUAUUGUUCGUAGGGGUAUCAAAGCUGUUUACAAAACAAUGCAAGAGAACCCCUUCUACCAAACGUCACCAAUUAUCGCUUCUCAACAACGCCAAUGAAAAUAGGUAAAAGCAGAAUGCCUAUGCAGCAGCCCCGCACAGACAGUUCGAGCAAGAAAAGAGUUAUGAUUAGUCAUAUUCAGAAAGAAGGACUUUGCACCCGCCCGAGAUGUACUAGGAAUAUUCCAUGGCGAGGGAGUACUAGUAGGUACCGUAGUGGCUCGGGAAUCGGUGGUCAUGACCUCCUUCAGUUGGACUUCGUGAGUUCAGAGCUCGUGAAUAGGUGGUGAGUCGUGAUUGAUGUAAAUGAAAGUAUAGUAAAUAGCUGAUUCCUGUUCUAUGGCGGUGGUGAAGGUCAGG